AUGAAGCAGAUCGAUGGAGAAAACGACAAAUAUUUCACUUUCGAUCGUGGUACCAAUGAGCGUGGCAGCUUUUUGAGGAUUAUUGAAGCAAAGAAGACCUCAGGCUUCCGUGGAGGAAUUACCGUGCCUGCCUCGCUAUUGCUCCAGUUUCGAGAUGCUUUUAAUGAGUUCAUCGAGGACUUCAAGCAAGAUUUGCCGGAGAAAGUCGACCAAUUGAAGCUU